AUGGGUUCGCUAUUGAUGCAAAUGACUCCUUUCACUGCUCUCCCUUUGCGCCAUAUCAGAGCUAGCGUCUCGUGUUGUUCUUCUGGGCAUGUAUCAUUCAUCAAAGAUGUUGCUGCCACUGAACCUCCAAUGCAUCUUCACCACUUACUCAAAGUUCUUGAAAAAAGAGGUGAAACAAUCAUAUCUCCUGGAGCCAAGCAGGGACUGAUCCCACUUGCUAUUCCGCUUUCAAAGAAUUCUUCAGGCUCUGUUACUGCGCUUCUGAGAUGGCCUACUGCUCCACCAGGAAUGGAUAUGCCGGUUGUUGAAGUUUGGAGGAGUGGAGUCCGGCUUAUAGCUAAAAAUGUAGAUGAGUAUAUUCACAGGAUUUUGGUUGAAGAAGAUGCGCAAGAGUUGACAGAACUUUAUCACGCUUCAGGGGAGGCAGGCGAGAAGCUAUACAAAAAGGGAGCUUUUGCUGAAUCUCAGAUUGAAAACCUCGAUGUCUAUGUCUUAAAAAAGGUUGGACUGUUUCCAGAUGUGUUGGAGCGGAAAGUAUUACGACAUUUCGAUGAAGGAGAUCAUGUUUCAGCUAUGGUGACAGGAGAAUUCUACACAAAGAAAGACCUCUUUCCCGGAUUUGGACGGCCUUUUGUUUAUUACGCAAACAUACUGCAGAAGGUAGGACGUAACUCAGAAGCUAAAGACGCAGCUAGAGUAGCACUGAAAUCACCUUGGUGGACAUUAGGAUGUCCUUACGAGGAGGUUGCUAGUAUUGCACAAUGGGAAGACGAGCAAAUCGAAUUCAUAAGAGAGAAAGUGAGUGAAGAGGGUCGUUUUGAGGAUUUGAAGAAAGGCAAAGACCCAAUCCAAGUUGCUUUGGAUGUUGCGGCCUUUCUCUUGGAUUUAGCUUCUAUCGAAGGAACUUGGUCUGAAGCUUUGAAAGAUAUUGCUCAAUGUUAUGAGGAAGCAGGGUUACAUGAAAUAUCCAAGUUCGUUUUGUACACAGAUACCAAAUGA